UAGGGCACCUAAUUGGUCAGUCCGCGUAGGCGCUGGCGGCGUGCGCGAGUGGUACCUUGGUGCGGGAAGAUGGAAGAACUGAGUCAAGCCCUAGCUAGUAGCUUUUCUGUGUCUCAGGAACUGAACAGCACAGCUGCUCCACACCCUCGCCUGUCCCAAUACAAGUCCAAGUACAGCUCCUUGGAGCAGAGCGAGCGGCGGCGCCAGCUGCUGGAACUGCAGAGAUCCAAGCGGUUGGAUUACGUGAACCAUGCCAGAAGACUGGCUGAAGAUGACUGGACAGGUAUGGAGAGCGGGGAAGAGGAAAAUAAGAAAGACGAAGAGGAAAUGGACAUAGACCCUGGCAAGAAGUUACCAAAACGCUAUGCUAAUCAAUUGAUGCUUUCUGAGUGGUUAAUUGACGUCCCUUCAGAUUUGGGGCAAGAAUGGAUUGUGGUUGUAUGUCCUGUUGGGAAAAGAGCUCUUAUUGUGGCCUCCAGGGGCUCAACCAGUGCCUACACUAAGAGUGGCUACUGUGUCAAUAGGUUUUCUUCCCUUCUGCCAGGAGGCAACAGGAGAAACUCAACAACAGCCAAAGACUACACCAUUCUGGAUUGCAUUUACAGUGAGGUGAAUCAGACCUACUAUGUUUUGGAUGUGAUGUGCUGGCGGGGACAUCCUUUUUAUGACUGUCAGACUGAUUUCCGAUUCUACUGGAUGCAUUCAAAGUUACCAGAAGAAGAAGGACUUGGAGAGAAAACCAAGAUUAAUCCUUUUAAGUUUGUGGGACUAAAGAAUUUCCCGUGUACCCCUGAGAGCCUGUGUAAGGUGCUGUCUAUGGAUUUUCCUUUUGAGGUGGAUGGACUGCUCUUCUACCAUAAACAGACCCACUAUAGCCCUGGGAGUACUCCUUUGGUGGGCUGGCUGCGCCCCUACAUGGUUUCAGAUAUCCUAGGUGUAGCUGUUCCAGCUGGUCCACUGACCACCAAGCCAGAAUAUGCUGGGCACCAGCUCCAACAGAUUAUCGAGCACAAGAGGAGCCAGGAGGACACAAAGGAGAAACUCACACACAAGGCUUCUGAGAAUGGGCACUAUGAGCUGGAGCACCUGUCUACUCCCAAGUUGAGGAGUCCUCCCCACAGCUCUGAGAGCCUCAUGGACAACUAAACUGGACAGCUCAUGAGAAACUGGGGCAGAGGACAUUGAUGAGAGCCAUCAGUGGCCUUAUUUCAGAGCAUACUUUCCAAACCCAUGCUGCCAAACACAGGUUGCCCCCCUGUCUAGAAUGUUGGCUCAAGACUGUUGGGGGUGGGUCUCUUUUGGAUGGAGUUGGAAUCCAGGUAGAUAUGAAUAUCUCUUGCUGUGUUAAGUAUAUCCUAGGUCCACAGUGUAAAUAUAUGUGAUUCUUAA